AUGAGUGCUGUUGUGCCCAACCACCGAAGAACCAAGCCUGGAGGCAUAAAGCCAGGCGCAGCAGCCAGUGGUGUGGCAGGCCCAACAUCUCAAAUUCCUGGCCUGUCCCAAAUUGCUGGCGAAAGCACACCAGUAGAGAGGAUCAGUGGACGGAGGGUCGGCAUCUUCGAGUCUGACUCUGAUUACGUCAAGCUUGCGAAGCAAGGGGGGCAUAAAGGGCUGUUGAGCCAUGAAGAUGACGUGGACGAUAAUCGCAAGAUUGACUACAGCCCGAAUAACUGGUUUGGAGGUGACGAAUCAAAUAGCAGCAGCAAAGCAACAUCUCCCAACAGCCAGGCGAAGGGCGGCAGGCAACCUUUGCUUGCACCGUUUGGCACUGAUAACAGUACCUCCUGGGAAAGAGAGACUGAUAGAUAUACUCAUGAUAACGAUAAGAUGUCUCCCGAUGGUGCCGCCGCUCAGUUGGAGGGGCUUUCUGUGAGCAAGUACAAGAGAACGUCUCACGCUAAGAAAGCACCUCCUGUCAGCAUGUCCAAGCUGCUGAGUCAUGGCUACGUGGAAGACAAAAAGAAGUCUCCCAAUGAUGACGACGCCUCAAGUGUGACUUCAGAGCAAACCAGCACCAUCGCAACUGAGGAUGUGGACGAUCUGGAGUAG